AUGAGUAAAGAGAAAACUCUGUUAGGGGUGGCGAGCUCUCCCAAUCCUCAAGAUAUUGUUGUCAAAGAUCAUCAUUUUGAUCGCCUCAUUGCCCGUAUGGAAAGCUCAGCCAUCGCCGUUAGGUCCUACUACGUUAGCGUGGAAGUAUACGCUAUCGACGUAGAAGUCUACGCUAUCGACGCUGAAGCGUACGGUGGUAUUGUAGAGGUCUACGCUACCGUCGUUGAAGUCUGCAGUGCCAUCUCUGAAGUCCACGCUGCCGUCGUCGAACUCGAUAAUGCGGUAGUCGAAGUCUGUAAUAUGGCCAUUGUACUGCUUCGUGCGUUGAUAUCGUUUGGAGGGAAGCAGAUCUCACGAUGGUUUGGGACAGAUUCCAUGUUCGAUUACUGCAUGUCUGACGAACUAAGAUUGACUGCAAGACAAUAA